GGCGGCGGCGCGUUCGGUAGGGAAUCCUCAGGUCUGGCCUGGCUGGGCACUGAGAAUUCCCGGCAUGCAUCGCGGCCGCGGGAUCGGACGGGAGCUGGAGGAAGCGUUUUUCCGUUCUGCCAUUCCUGGGCCUUGUCUGUGGUGGUCCUAGGCUCUGAGGUCCAUUACAUUUGUCGAGACGGUGUGGGAACCUCCCAUGUUUGUCUUCAGCCGCAGAAACUCUAACCUAGCAGAGAAGAGACGGUAGAUGAAUUAAUAGCACCGAAGGGAGAGCGGAGGCGGUUCUUCAGAGAUGUGUAUUCGAACUGGCUCUUGAAUCUGCGCCUGAUGCGUGCCUACUUGAAGGAAAGAAAAUAGGAUUAGGAUCCCAGCAUUCUGGUGGUAGAGGCAGAAGGACCAAAAGUUCAAGACCAUCCUCAGCUACAUCCCAAGUUUGAGGCCAGCUUCAGCUACAUGAGACCCUGUCACAAAUGAAAGAGUUUGAAGUCAAGCAAGAAAUUGUCUUGAGAGGUUUUCACAGCUGAGAGUACAAAGUCAAGCAGGAUGUCUGUGGAUCCGAUGGCCUAUGAGGCCCAGUUCUUUGGCUUCACACCACAGACUUGCCUGCUGAGGAUCUACUUAGCAUUUCAAGACCACCUGUUUGAAGUGAUGCAGGCUGUUGAACAGGUUAUCCUAAAGAAACUGGAGGGCAUUCCAGACUGUGAGAUCAGCCCUGUCCAGACUCGUAAAUGCACAGAGAAGUUUCUUUGCUUCAUGAAAGGACGCUUCGAUAACCUUUUUGGCAAAAUGGAGCAGCUGAUUUUGCAGUUGAUUUUGUGUAUUCCCCCAAACAUCCUACUUCCUGAAGAUAAGUGUCAAGAGAAGAAUCCUUUCAGUGAAGAAAAAUUCCAGCUUCUCAAACAGGAAAUUAAAGAGUUACAGGAGAAAUACAAGGUUGAAUUAUACACUGAGCAGGCCCUUCUUGCAGAAUUACAGGAACAAGAAACUGUUAAAGCCAAACUCAGAGAGACCUUGACUUUCUUUGAUGAGCUUGAAAACAUUGGCAGAUGUCAAGGAAUGAGUAACUUUAGGGAGAGUUUGGUGUCCCUGGUCCAGAACUGCAGAAAACUCCAGAACAUUAGAGACAAUGUAGAAAAAGAAAGCAAAAGACUGAAAUCAUAGUAAUUGUCAGUAGUGAAAAGAGAGCAUGUAAAUGGGUAGCUCUUCUUUGUUUAUUCUUAUGGCUGAGGUCUGUUGGGGCCAUUUUCCCCUCCUUUCCUAGGUUACUCAAAGCAAAUCAGCAGAUCUUGUAAAUUGCAGGCUGCAGUUCAGACCUCUAAAGCAGAGCUUGUUGUUCAUUUGCUUUUCUCCCUCUGAAACUUGGGUUGACUGCCCUCGCAUCUGGUAAUGUCUCCAGUUCUUUUGGGAUUGUACUCAUUUUCCUGUUAGGUAUGUUUAGUAUGAUUUCAGGAGGGAAUAGAAUCCUCAUGGAACUGGAUGUUUCUGUUCAUUUUUUGCUGUAUAAACCAGGUCUGUGUAUUCACUGAGUAUAAUCAGGUACAUCAAGGACUAAUAGAGCUAGGCUGAGGACGUAGCUCAGUGGUAGAAUGUGUUCAGGGAGUGGAUGUCUCAGGAUUUAACACAACACACUGGAGAGAAGCAGAAAGAGGAGUGGGAAGAAGGAAAAGGAAAUUAAAGGGCAGCAGGACACAGCAGAGGGUCAGGGAUAUGGGAUGACAUAUAGUGCAGUAUUAAAGGGGCAUGUCCAAUUGAUAAUGUAAGAUUCAAGUCAAGCUUAGAAGGUGUUAGCCUUGCACCUAUGAGAGCAUUCUAGGCAAAGAAAAUAGCAGAAAACCCAUAAGGUAGAACAUAUUAAGGAAUUCACACAGCUGGAACAGAUAUGGCCAGUUUAGGAAACAGGAUGCACCUGUCAUGUUCCAUUCUGUUUUUUGUAAGAAGCAUGGCUGAUGAGAUGGGUCGGCAAGUAAAAGAACUUGUACAACCGUGGUAACCUGAGUAGGAUCCCCAGAACCUACCUAAAGAUGGAAAGACUUAACUCCACAAAAUUCUCUGACUUCUCAAGUACACUGUGGCAUGUGCACUUCCAUCCCCCACAUUGCAUGUGCACACACACAGUCUCUCUCAAGAGACAAGCAAAACCCCUGUGCAUGUUAAAAACUGACUCCUAGCCGGGUUUCAUGCCACUGAUCCCAGUACUCAGGAGGCAGAGGCGGGUGGACCUCUUGUGAGUUUUAGUCUGGCUUACAUAAAGUUCAGGGCAGCCAGGACUAUAGAGACCCUAAAAAAUAAAACCCAAAUGUGAUUGGUGACACUUGUUAUUAUUGGUAAAGCAGACUUUAGUUAGGACCCUUAAGUUAGAUAUUGGGACCAUUGCAGCAGGAUUUUACAUUGAGAGAGAGAUUAGAUUGUGAAUAUAAGAAGUAAAAAGAAAUUGGGAAUGUGCAGUUAGAGGACAGAAUGGGACUUUUGGGGACAAAGCAGGUACAUUGGAUGGAAAAUUACUAAAAGGGUCAGUGUAAGGGGUUUGAAUGUAUUACACAAAAUUCAUAUGUUAAAACUCUGACUUCCUAGUGGUACACUGCUGCAGUUUAUACUUUUGAGUAAUGCCAUUACUGUAGGAACAGGAGUGUUCUUUAGGGAGUAGGUUUCCAAUAAAGGAUGAAUUCAGGUCCUCUGGCAUGAUCUUACCCUGUAACACCUCUACUAUGGGAAGAGACAGCAGGAAGGCAUUUACCUUAACUUUGGACUCUACCUAUAAUAAAUAACCUCUAUACCUGUAAUAAAUAAGUUCUUCAGUAUUUACGUAUUACCUUAUUAAUAAAUGGGAAGAAGUUUAAUUCA